UCCCUACACAUGGGCUGAAGCAGGCAAGCAGCUCUAUCUGGCACAAUCUGAGGGCUCUGAAUGCCAACCCAGCCUUGUGUCAUAUAACUCCCGCCCCAGCAUGUCCCUGGGAGCUGAAAUGCCUACUGAGAGAGUUAUUUCUUUGGGUCAGGACAUUGACUCCAGAGGACUUCUGUAAAAAUACAUAGAUUGGAAGAGAAACACAUCAGUCUCCUGGCACCUGUUGAAGGUGGCAACCUAGGCCAGCCAGCUGGGUCCUGUGGGAGGGGGCUCAGCUUUUCUGUUGAAGAAGAUGGCAUUCAAAGACAAAGAAAAGUAUGAGGCUUUUUCACAGCCUGUGUUUCUUCAAUCCCAGAAGCCUGGGAAUUAUAAUCCAGAGUUCAAAAAUCCUAAAGGAGACUAUGUCAUCUGGGACAAAGAUGGAAAGAAGCCACUCUGGUGGAUGAAAGAAUACUAACUUUCUUUGCUUUUUCUGGGUUGAUACCAGAUGACUGCAGCUGCAACUCUGGCAAAGAAGCAGGUUUCUGAAACUCAGAAGAAGACAUGGGCGGAGAUCUCUGGUUUAGAGCACGGAUAACCAGAGGGACCAGGCCUGGAAGAGAAGAAAGAACGAGGGGUGUCCAAGGGCGAAGCGCAGCUCAGCGGUCACAAGGCUGCCGCGGCGGACCAGCAUUUGGGGAAAGGUAGGAACUGGUCCCCGCCACCUGCCGGUCAGCAGCCCUACCCACAGACAGGCCGCGGCUACACUGGCCUAGUCCCAAAAUAUGUGAGCGCCGCCCCUUUCUCCCGCCCCCUUUCCCCGCCGCGCCCGCGGGGUCGGGGGCUGAGCGGUCGGCGCCUGGAGCCCGGCCGGCAUCCCAGAGCGGGAGGGGGGAAGGGGCCGCGGGGGGCGGGGCGGAGCCUCGGCGCCUCCCGGAGCCUUAUUCCAGGCUGCACGCCGAGAAGCGCUCAGUCGACCCAGGGAGCUGCGCGCGGCAAGCAGCUGGCUCUGUUGCUUGAGGCACCAGGGCUCGGGCGGUCGGACAGACGGAGUGAAUAGAGAGACGCCCAGCGGCCGGGAGCUCCGCGCAAAUCCCAGGCAGGCUUGCACCCAGAGGCCAGCAGCCGACCGUGCUCGCCGGGAUCUCCAGAGAUUCUCUCGCCCGGCUCCCGUGCCAGCGUCCGGUGGCCGCCGCCCCCCAAAGUGAUUGCUGCCUCGCCUCCUCCGCCGAGUCCAGGACCAUGAAGCUGCUGCCGUCGGUGGUGCUGAAGCUCUUUCUUGCUGCAGUGCUUUCGGCGUUGGUGACUGGCGAGAGCCUGGAGCGGCUUCGGAGAGGCCUGGCUGCUGGAACCAGCAAUCUGGACUCCCCUACUCAAUCUACGGACCAGCUGCUGCCCGCGGGAGGUGGCCAAGGCCGGGAAGUCCUGGACUUGGAAGAGGCAAACCUGGACCUUUUCAGAGCUGCUUUUUCCUCCAAGCCACAAGCUCUGGCCACACCAAGCAAGGAGGAGCGUGGGAAAAGAAAGAAGAAAGGCAAGGGGUUAGGAAAGAAGAGAAACCCAUGUCUUCGGAGAUACAAGGACUUCUGCAUCCACGGAGAAUGCAAAUACGUGAAGGAGCUCCGGGUUCCAACCUGCAUCUGCCACCCAGGUUAUCAUGGAGAGAGGUGCCAUGGGCUGAGCCUCCCGGUGAAAAAUCGCUUAUAUACGUACGAUCACACAACCAUCCUGGUUGUGGUGGCUGUGGUGCUGUCAUCCGUCUGUCUGCUGGUCAUCAUGGGGCUUCUCAUGUUUUGGUACCACAGGAGAGGAGGUUAUGACGUGGAAAAUGAAGAGAAAGUGAAGUUGGGCAUGACUACGUCCCACUGAGAGGAACCUGCGCUCAAGGAAUCAGCUGGGGACUGCUACCUCUGAGAAGAUACAAGUUGAUCACAGAUUCUACAGAGGGGAAGGACUUCACAACUAGCCAUGAAGAUUCCUUCAUCCCCAGUUGCCAUCUAGAUUGGGCCUCCCAUAAUUGCUUUGCCAAAAUACCAGAGCUUUCAAGUGCCAAACAGAAUAUGUCCAGUGGGAUCUGGGUCAGAAGAAAGCAAAAGUGAGGGACCUUCGUGUCCUCCUGAUUCUCCUGCACCAAGCCCUACUUACCCCCAUACGUUUGUUUGAACACUUCUCUUCUGGAUUAAAAAUGCCAGUUAAAUUCCAUAUGCUCCAGGAUCUUUGACUGAAAAAACAGAAGGAGAGGAAGAAAGAAAGAUUUGGGGACUGGAAGAAAGUAACAAAGAUUGAGAAGCCAUGUACUUAAGUCACCACCAAGGGAUCUGCCAUUUGGACCCUCCAGCGCUGGAUUUGAUGGGUUAACUGUGAAAUACCAUAGACCUGAGAACUCUGAAUUUUGGGACUUCUACCCAGAUGGAAAAAUAACAACUAUUUUUGUUUGUUUGUUUGUUUGUAAAAUGCCUCUUAAAUUAUAUAUUUAUUUUAUUCUAUGUAUGUUAAUUUAUUUAGUUUUUAACAAUCUAACAACAAUUUUUCAAGUGCCUAGACUGUUACUUUGGCAAUUUCCUGGCCCUCCACCCCACAUCCCCCACCAUCUGGCUCAACAUUAGACUCUUCUGCCGCAAACAUGAGAUGGCUCUGUGAUCCAUCUGUAGUCAUCCAUUGUCUGUCCACAUUUCUGAAGAUCUUCCAUGAUCAGAGUGCCACAGGGGGAGUUCUGUAUGGUCAGGAUGUAGGAAUUAACUUUGUCAGAUCCACUCUGUGAGUUGGACUGCAGUCUUGCCUAGGCGAUUGUGUCUACCGUUUGUGUUUUGAAAGCCCGCGGUGCUGAUGUCAAGAUGUAACAGAUAUCAGUGUUAUCCUGUGUCCUCUCCCUGCCCGAUCCCAGAAGAGGUUGGGCUUCCAUGCCUCCAGCUUUCCUGGCCCCUCACUCUCCGUGGGCCCAGGUCCACAGAGUGGGAACUCACUGUCCCUUGUGUCAAGACAUUUCUUUUACUCCUGCCAUUCUUCUGGUGCUACUCCAUGCAGGGGUCAAUGCAGCAGGGCGAAGGUAUUCGCAAAGAAAAAGGCUGAGGAGGAACAGGAAACAGUGGAGCUGACUGUUCUUAGUAAUUGAUAACCUACCAAUUGCUACAGAGAAGGAUGGAGGUGAGGAGGGCUUUUGUGUAAUCCCACCCACCUCACCCAAACUACAAAGGUAUGCUGUCAUGGUCCCUUCUGGAAGUUUCUGGUGCCAUUACUGAACUGUUACAAACCUGUAUUUCCAAACUUGUAUUUCUAAAACUGUAUUUCCAAACUUGGUUCAUAUUUAUACUUUGCAAUUCAAAUAAAGAUAACCCUUACUCUGUA